AUCAACCAAAGCUAGACUGUCAUUACUACCGCCGAGGUACAGGACUUUACCAACAUUAUGGGUCCCGAAGACUUGACAACAGCAACUGGAGGGACGGAGUUCUUGCAAAAUGGCUCCGCGGGAACCAGAGGCACGAUGGCACAAGUAGCCCAGGACCCUGCCCGUUCUCAGCAAAGAACGCCGCCUAUGAUUAAAUAUAGGAACAAUAAUAACAAUCAGGAGGAUAUCAACUCCAUUGAAAGCAUUUCCAGUUUGCCGAGCUUUCAGGGAAACGCCACCGAUUUUGAUUGGAUUGACGAGAUGGUAAAGCAGCGCAACCGCAACGAAAUGAUGCACAAUAAUCUAAAGAAAACGUCGAAGAAGGGCCUCGAUAGCUGCCUGCAACCUAUGGCAGAUCAGCUUGACGGUCAAAUGUACGAAUUUAAUAGCAAUGACAAGGGAAAAAGGAAUUAUCCCAAGGAGGACGAUGACGACGAUGACAUGGUUGUCAAAUGUCUGCAUUACUCGCUUAUGUGCUGCGAUUGUAGGAUUUUGUAAAGAGUACUGCGGGAUGCAUCUAAAAUAGCACUCCACGAUGUAGUAGGACGAAUACAUAUAAUAUAUAUUCUUGAUUUUGAUACUUAG